CUUGAAGCUUCCUUCCGAGUUCCUUCCAGACACUUCAUCCGCGCUUCCUCUCUCGAUCGCGCCGCGCUCCUCGACUCGGAACUUUGAUCCCGCCGGCGCAGGGAUGGUGUCCUCGCGCCUCCUCGCGCGCUUGUCCAGGCAGUGCGUCGCGGCGGCGGCGGCGUCCACCUCGGUGCGGCGCCCGGCGGCGGCGGCGGAACCGUUCGCUGCUUCCUUCUCUUCGCUCAGGGUUCCAUAUAUGUUGAAUCAUCAUUCGAGAUACUCGAGCAGCAUCUUUCAAAAGUUUGGGUUCUCAUCUGUUUCGCCCCAACAAAGUGACAAGGAGGUUAAGGAACCAAAAGACCAGGAAAGCAACUCAACUGGAUCCAAUGAAGACAGUAGUUCGUCUGGAAGUGAGAAGGCAUCAGAACAAGGUAUCGAAGACGUUGAUCUGUCAAAAGAUGAUCUUGUGAAGCUAGUUCAUGAGAAGGAAGAAUUAUUGAAGUCCAAGGAUGAUGAAAUUAAAGAUAUGAAGGACAAGGUUUUGCGCAGCUAUGCAGAAAUGGAAAAUAUCAUGGCUCGGACAAAGCGUGAAUCUGAAAACUCCAAAAAGUAUGCAGUACAGAACUUCUCUAAGAGCUUGUUAGAUGUUGCUGACAAUUUGGCUAGAGCAUCAUCUGUUGUCAAGGAAAGCUUCUCGAAAAUUGAUACGUCUAAAGAUUCUGCUGGAGCUGUGCCACUACUGAAAACUCUUCUGGAGGGUGUAGACAUGACUGACAAGCAACUAGCAGAGGUUCUCAAGAAGUUUGGAGUUGAAAAGUUCGAUCCAAUAAAUGAGAAGUUUGAUCCUAGCAGGCAUUGGGCAAUUUUCCAAAUUCCUGAUCCUUCAAAGCCACCAGGAACUGUUGCUUCUGUUGUAAAGGUGGGCUACAUGUUACAUGACCGCGUCCUGCGCCCUGCGGAAGUCGGUGUUACAGAGGGAGGAGCAACCGCAACUGAGACCAAAGAGGCAGAACAGCCCGAGCAGAAAACAGCCGAGGAUUAAGCUAGCUGAUAGUUUAGAUUCAGUCAAGGAGGAGGAGAAGAGAUGGGUGUUCUUUUGGAUCUCACUCGAUUUUUGUUUAGCGUUUCAGACACAUCAGACUUCUGACCGUACCGUAGCAGGCUGCUGCAUCCUCCUGAUACAUGAAUGAAAUCCAUUAUCUAUUUGUGGUUUGGAGGAAACAUUUGAUGUCAUGCCACCUUUGGCUCUACCCCAUGCAAUGAGGUAAUAACAACCAUGAGUCCAUGACUUGUUAGUGCACCUGGAGCGAUCAUGGCAGUGGCCUAGGCUAUAUAAGCAGGUUUUAAAC